AUGUCAACUUCCAGCAGCAGCAAUAGCUAUUUCUCCAGCUCUUCUGACGAGGAUUCCAAAGCUUCUGUAGCCAAAUCGAAAGCUAAGACAACCCAUGAUGAUGGAGAGAAGCCUAGCAUUCCCCUAAAUGAUCGGAAGGUCACUUAUGCUGAACUUAUGAAGAGAAAGGUUGAGGAUGAUGAGGCAGAGGAUCGUCAGCGCAGAAAGGAUCGAACCCGGCGCAAAAUACUAGCGGCUGAGGAGAGACGUCGAUUCUUCGAUGGGGUACCUUCUGAUUCUGAUGCUGACGCUUCCGAAGAGGAAACUACAUGGGUGUUACCAGAGCGCAAGAUCAAGCCCGACCGGCAUACCAGAGAGUUCCAAAAAACUAUGAAGCAAAUUGAAGCUGAAGCUGAAGCAGAAGAGGACUCGGACGAUCCUUAUACCCAUCCAGACUUCAUCAAUGGUUCUGACGAUGACUCUGACGAAGAGGAGGAUUCCGAAAAGGACAGUGAUGAUGAGUCUGAUAACUUGGAUGAAUCUGACGAGUAG